AUGGACCCAAUGUUUCCCGGCGACACCUCCUCCCCCGCCAUAGACCCAAUGUUCUCCGCCUUCACCCUUCAAUCUCUUCUCACUUUCAACCCUUCCUUCUUCACCGACACUUUUCACACCAUAACAGACGAACCUCAACUCCCUAACCUCCCUCAAUCUGCCGCCGACCAAACUCCAUACCUUAACAACAAAAACAAAAAUGCCCUUGUAGUCCGAAAAACCGAACACCCUCUUAAUCUCCCUCCAUUACAAGAAUAUCUCCCACUUCAACAACAAGCCUUCAACUUCUUCCCCCAGUACUACCCACCCUUCGAAGCUUUUCAUCACCUCCCUCAACUCCAUUCCCUUGAACACUCUAACACAAAACGCCUCCGCCACCUUUUCACAGAGGAAACAACUCCACCACAACAGAAACAACCUCACUUUGUUCGUGGAAAAUCUCCUUCUUUGAUUCCUCAGAGCAAAUUAGCAAGACAGAGAAGACAAACGCUAAGCGAGAAAACACGCUGUUUGCAGAAACUAAUGCCAUGGGAUAAGAAAAUGGAUCAAGCUACCCUUUUCGAAGAAGCUUACAAAUAUGUUAAGUUCUUGCAAGCACAGGUCUCUGCCCUUCAAUCAAUGCCUUUUCAUUCAACCACCACCACCUACAGUGGCGGCGGCGGUGAUGAUAGUGUUUGUGGUGACUUGAAGGGUCUAAACAGAAAGCAGGCUUUGCAGGUUGUGGUGAACUCACCGGUAGCACAAACAAAGCUUUAUUCACAAGGGUACUGUGUUUUCUCAAUGGAACAAAUCUCUUUGCUCAGAAAAUUAUCAGAGAGAAGACAACAACAGCAGCAGAAUAUGUCUGAUAAUGCUUCUUCUUCCAACACUUUCUUUCAGUAA